AUGCAGCCAGGAGAAACCGCUCCAUCUCGGAAACGUGUGAAUUACGUGAUGCAUGAAACAGAUAUGUGGAAUAGGGCCUCGUUUUUAACCCGACUCGUUGCCUCAUCGGUGCGCAUUUCUGAAGCGGCUGGUGCCACUAUAAAGAAUGUGAUGACUGGUGGUGAUUUGAAAAUCGUCGACAAAAGUAUCGAAGGGGAACCAGCUGAUUUACAAACGGAGGCGGAUAGGCGUGCACAAUAUUUGAUCGUGAAGUCACUAACAGAACGCUUUGGAAACAUCAACAUCAUUGGAGAAGAAGAUGUGACAUCUGAAUGUAACGGUGUUGAGAAAAGUUUCGCAGUAGACGUUCUUCGAGUGGAAGACGAGCUAGGAUCCGAACUGAAAUCAGUAAAGCCUGAAGAUGUUGUCGUCUGGGUAGAUCCACUGGAUGGCACGGCAGAAGUAGCGCUUGCCAUUAAGAACAACAAUUCUACUCAACCACAGAGAGUGGUUGUGACAACAAGAAGUCAUCUCAGUCAGUCUGUAACUGAUGCUCUAAAUGCUCUCAAGGAAAAAGGAUUAGUGGAUGUUAUUGAGAAAUAUGGAGGUGCUGGUUAUAAAGUAUUGAAGGUACUGGAAGGAAGCGCCGCCUACGUGUUCGCCAGCUCUGGCUGUAAGAAGUGGGACACGUGUGCUGUUGAAGCAGUUUUGAAUGCUGCAGAACGUUUGUCUCUGCUGUAUGCGAAAGUCGCUUCCUGUGUAGUGCAUUACGUGGUCAUGAAUGCGGCGGAUGUAUCGCUUGAACAGACCGAAAAAGUACACAUCUAA